AUGAUUAGAGAGACCGCAGAUCACGUCAGAAUCAUUAGAGACCGGAUGAAGGCUGCCCAAGAUAGACAGAAAUCCUACGUGGACCGUAGGAGGAGGAAACUUGAGUUCAAAGUCAGUGAGAAGGUGUUCCUUAAAGUCUCACCAAAGAAGGGAAUCAAGAGGGAAGUAGCUUAUGAGUUAGCACUACCACCACUGUUAGCUAAGGUUCACAAUGUGUUCCAUGUAUCACAAUUGCGCCAGUAUGUGUUUGAUCCAUCACACAUUCUCCAACAUGAGCCGAUUCAACUUGUUGAGAGCUUGCAGUAUGAGGAGAAGCCCGUGAGGAUCCUAAGUCGAGAGGUUAGAAAACUUCGUAGCCGCAAAAUUCCACUUAUGAAAGUUGUAGAAACUGAUAGAGAUGGUACAAAAUCGAUGUUAGAUAUAUCAACAUUGAGCUUGUACAAGAAGUCGCCGACAACAGCAAAUCAAAUUGUAAUUCAACUCUAUCCAUUCCAAAAUCGUGAAUACAAUGCAAACUAA